GCACUCAUUGUAUUGGCUGAGCAGCAGCUGGCAUUGUAGGGGUAAUGCCCAGCCAGGCCCAAAGAGUGGGCCCAGGAAAGGCUGGGGGCGUCUGGCCUGCCCUUUGCAGCAAACUGGAGGGAGUGACAUGGAGUGUGCUGGCACUUUGGGUCCUGGUGACGCACGUCAUGUACAUGCAAGAUUACUGGAGGACCUGGCUCAAGGGGCUGCGUGGCUUCUUCUUCGUGGGUGUCCUCUUCUCGGCUGUCUCCAUUGCCACCUUCUGCACCUUCCUCGUGCUGGCCAUCACCCGACACCAGAGCCUCACAGACCCCAACAGCUACUACCUGUCCUGCGUCUGGAGCUUCAUUGCCUUCAAGUGGGCCUUCCUGCUCAGCCUCUAUGCCCACCGCUACCGGGCUGACUUUGCUGACAUCAGCAUCCUCAGCGAUUUCUGACCCGGGGGGUGAGGUCUCUGCAACCUGGGGUCCUCAGGACCUGGACUCAACUUCUGAGACAUCAGGUGGGACUGUCCCACCCCUGCAGUACCCCAGAACUAUGGCAGAAAAUACACAGCAGGAAGACUUUGGUCUCCAGGGAAGGUGUUCUGUCCACUUUAGGGGAGACCUGGGUAUGGGAAAGGGGUCCUGCCCUGUUGCUCCUCAUUAGCCUGGCUGGAGGGAAGCUUUUCAAGUGGAUCUAUUUUCUUAGCACCCAGUGAGGAAUCUUUGUAAGCAGGGCCAGGGGCAAAGAGGCCUUGACCUAUGCCUGAGGGCAGGUGGUUUGGUCCCUGCUGCCCCAGUAACUCUCCCUCAGGCCAGACUGGAAACCUGGGAAGGUCAGGUCAAGUGAAGUGACUCUAGUAGAGGCCUCAUUCCCCAAAUCCAGCAUCUCAUCCUAUUGUUACCCCAAGAGUCUUGGGAACUUGGGCAGAAAAUUCAGUAUCCCUGUUCCACCCAGAGCUGGUCUCCCAUGAGUGUGCUAGUCAGUCAUCUCCUUCACCACCCAAGUCCUCCCUCUUAUGCGCACCACACACCAGAGCAGUACUCCCCAAAUGAAGUCAGACUAAGGAUCUUGGGGAAGGUUCUCCUGCCCCCAGAAGGGCUUGAGUAGGGGGCAGCAUGGUGUAGGCAGAAAGGACCCCUCAGACCUGUGCCUAAGCACCUCCAGCCCUGCAUUUCCACUCUGCCUUCUCACACCUGCCCCGGUCACACCCUGAUCACCGGAACACCCCGCUCUAUGAGAUGCCCCACCGACUCCUGCCCCUUACCUAGAGCUUGUAUCUUUUUUAUCUCCCUUUUGAAAGAUAAACCUGCUUUCUGCCCAUACACUGGCCCAAGGGCUCACCUGACUCGGGAGGGAAGGGGCUACUGGUACAUGUGUCGUUUUAUGUUAGGUUGCCAUUUUGCACGGUCUACCCCUUUCCUACCUGUGUCCACCUCCUCAGCUCUUUGCCUUAUCUGUGUCACUGUCACUUUAGCAGAAUACAGCGACUCUUUGUAUCAAACA